AAUAUAUAAAAAUUAUUAGCCUUUUUUCGGGUUCUCUGAUACAAAAAGAGGAGGAGAUUGGUUGUUGUUGACGACGACGCGUUUACACUUUGCAAUUUUUUUUAUUUUUGUCUCCGACUUUUUGAAUCGUGUUCAAUCUGAGUUUUUGAGGUGAAGGUUUAAUCGUAUCGACCUGUUCAGAUCGAUCAUCAUGGCUGCAGCUGGAAACAAGAGUAUUAACGCCAAAUUGGUGUUACUUGGAGAUGUUGGUGCUGGGAAAUCAAGUCUUGUCUUACGGUUUGUCAAAGAUCAGUUUGUUGAAUUCCAGGAAUCAACCAUUGGUGCUGCUUUCUUCUCACAAACAUUAGCUGUGAACGAUGCUACUGUCAAGUUUGAGAUUUGGGAUACUGCUGGUCAGGAACGAUAUCAUAGUUUGGCUCCUAUGUACUACAGGGGUGCUGCUGCUGCAAUCAUUGUCUUUGAUGUUACGAAUCAGGCCUCGUUUGAGAGGGCAAAGAAAUGGGUUCAGGAACUACAGGCACAAGGUAACCCUAAUAUGGUCAUGGCCCUUGCUGGAAACAAAUCUGAUUUAUUAGAUGCAAGGAAGGUGACUGCAGAGGAGGCACAAACAUAUGCUCAAGAGAACAGUCUUUUCUUCAUGGAAACUUCAGCGAAAACUGCGGCUAAUGUCAAAGAGAUAUUCUAUGAAAUCGCAAAAAGGCUACCUCGAGUACAGCCAACAGAAAACCCAACAGGAAUGGUUCUCCCAGACAGGGCCAUGGAUAGGGCAGUGAGUUCAUCUUGUUGUGCUUAGUUACAUGUAAUGGCACACACUUCUCUUAAAAGAGAUCUUUUGGUCAGUCACUUCGAAGCUAUGGACUUCUGUGUUUGCGUCUCUUUGCUUUGUUUUUGUGUAUUGAGAUUUGAUCUCUUUACUCUUCUGUAAAUAAAAUCUAAUACUCCAGUAACUUAGUGCGUGAGAGGCUAUGGAUUCAACUGUCACAACACAAAAGCUUCGGAACUCUUAAAUGUCUAUUGUUCGAAAUAUUAACGCAAACAUUGCCGACAAAAAGGAAAGCAAGCUUUGUCACU